CAUUUUCCAGAUCUUUCUCGAACCCGCAGCUCCUCGAGCAGCCGUUGCCCGAGCGCUGACGGAAGCAGCCGAAGCUGAGACCCGGAGCCGCCUCGGGCGCGCAGAGGCGGCUCGUGCGCCUCCCCGGCGGCCGUGCGCGCAGGCGCAGACCUCAGUAACUGCCGGUUGGAGGCGGCGGAACCGCAGUGGAGAGAGACCCUGGCUGCGGAGGCUGCGGCGCGGCGGCUUCCAUCUCCUUCGCGGUUGCUCGACGCGCUGCCCCAGAUUUAAUACGUAGCGACUUCGGGUCACCUCCUCUUUGCUUCUCGUAGGAGUCGCAUUCCCAGGAGAAACAGCCCAGAAGAGGACGCGAUCCCCGCACAGGAGGCUUCAGCACCAGCACCCCGACCUUUAGGCGGCGGGAUGUCUGUGGUUGGCGUUGACCUCGGCUUUCUCAACUGCUACAUCGCUGUAGCGAGGAGCGGCGGCAUCGAGACCAUCGCCAAUGAGUACAGCGACAGAUGUACCCCGGCCUGUAUAUCGUUGGGAUCAAGAACUCGAGCCAUUGGAAAUGCAGCUAAGAGCCAGAUAGUCACAAAUGUAAGAAACACAAUUCAUGGCUUCAAAAAGCUUCACGGACGAUCAUUUGAUGACCCUAUUGUGCAGACUGAAAGGAUCAAGCUUCCCUAUGAGCUGCAGAAGAUGCCUAAUGGAAGUGCAGGAGUUAAGGUGCGGUACCUAGAUGAAGAGAGACCUUUUGCAAUUGAGCAAGUUACUGGAAUGCUGUUGGCCAAGCUUAAAGAGACUUCAGAAAAUGCUUUGAAGAAACCAGUGGCUGACUGUGUGAUUUCAAUUCCUAGCUUUUUCACUGAUGCUGAGAGAAGAUCUGUGAUGGCCGCAGCCCAGGUUGCAGGUUUAAAUUGUUUAAGAUUGAUGAAUGAAACUACUGCAGUUGCAUUAGCAUAUGGGAUUUAUAAACAGGAUCUUCCCCCACUAGAUGAGAAACCAAGAAAUGUAAUAUUUAUUGAUAUGGGACAUUCUGCCUACCAAGUCUCAAUUUGUGCUUUUAACAAAGGAAAACUUAAAGUCUUGGCUACCACCUUUGAUCCAUAUUUGGGUGGCAGGAACUUUGAUGAGGCUUUAGUAGACUACUUCUGUGAAGAAUUCAAGACCAAAUAUAAGAUAAAUGUGAAAGAAAACUGUCGGGCCUUGUUGCGUUUAUAUCAGGAAUGUGAAAAACUGAAGAAGCUAAUGAGUGCAAAUGCAUCAGAUCUUCCACUGAACAUUGAGUGUUUCAUGAAUGACCUUGAUGUUUCUAGUAAAAUGAACAGGGCUCAAUUUGAACAAUUAUGUGCUUCCCUCUUGGCCAGGGUUGAACCACCAUUAAAAGCAGUAAUGGAACAAGCUAACUUACAACGUGAAGACAUAAGUAGUAUAGAAAUUGUAGGGGGAGCAACGCGAAUUCCUGCAGUGAAGGAACAAAUCACUAAAUUCUUUCUUAAAGACAUAAGUACCACAUUAAAUGCUGAUGAAGCUGUUGCAAGAGGAUGUGCAUUACAGUGUGCAAUUCUCUCACCAGCAUUUAAAGUGCGUGAAUUUUCCAUAACAGACGUUGUUCCCUAUUCAAUCACAUUAAGAUGGAAGACCUCUUUUGAAGAUGGAACUGGGGAAUGUGAAGUAUUCUGUAAGAACCAUCCUGCCCCAUUCUCAAAAGUCAUUACUUUCCACAAAAAGGAACCAUUUGAAUUAGAAGCAUUUUAUACUAAUUUACAUGACGUGCCUUAUCCUGAUCCAAGAAUUGGGAGCUUCACUAUUCAGAAUGUUUUUCCACAGUCUGAUGGUGAUAGUUCCAAAGUAAAGGUUAAAGUUCGCAUUAAUAUCCACGGAAUCUUCAGUGUGGCCAGUGCAUCAGUAAUUGAGAAGCAAAAUGUAGAAGGGGAUCACAGUGAUAUGCCUAUGGAGACAGAAACUUCUUUUAAGAAUGAAAGCAAAGAUGAUGUGGAUAAAAUGCAGGUUGACCAAGAAGAAGGAAGUCAUCAAAAAUGUCACUCUGAACACACCCCAGAAGAGGAAAUUGAUCAUACAGGAACCAAAACAAAGUCGGCUCCCUCAGACAAACAAGACCGAUUAAACCAGACCAUUAAAAAAGGAAAAAUCAAGAGUAUUGACCUACCUAUCCAGAGUAGCCUGUGUAGACAAUUGGGCCAAGAUCUUAUCAACAGCUACAUUGAAAAUGAGGGGAAGAUGAUAAUGCAAGAUAAGUUAGAGAAAGAAAGAAAUGAUGCUAAGAAUGCUGUUGAAGAAUAUGUAUAUGAUUUUAGAGACAAGCUGGGUACUGUCUAUGAAAAAUUCAUCACACAAGAAGACGUGAAUAAACUGUCAGCAAUAUUGGAAGACACAGAAAAUUGGCUUUAUGAAGAAGGUGAAGACCAACCUAAACAAAUUUAUGUGGAUAAGCUUCAAGAAUUAAAGAAAUAUGGCCAGCCUAUUCAAAUGAGAUACAUGGAACAUGAAGAGAGACCAAAAGCUUUAAAUGACUUGGGAAAAAAGAUCCAACUUGUCAUGAAAGUGAUAGAAGCAUACAGAAACAAGGAUGAAAGAUAUGAUCAUUUGGAUCCUGCUGAAAUGGAAAAAGUUGAAAAAUACAUCAGUGAAGCCAUGAGUUGGCUGAACAGUAAGAUGAAUGCACAGAACAAACUAAGUCUCACUCAAGAUCCUGUGGUGAAAGUUUCAGAAAUAGUUGCAAAGUCAAAGGAACUGGAUAAUUUCUGUAACCCCAUCAUUUAUAAACCCAAACCGAAAGUAGAGGCUGCAGAAGACAAAGCAAAAGCUAAUAGUGAACACAAUGGACCAAUGGAUGGACAGAGUGGGACUGAAACGAACGCAGAUACAAAAGAAAGCUCACAGCAUACUAAGUCUUCUGGAGAAAUGGAAGAGGACUAAGUCCUAAUUUCACCUUCACGUAAUUCAAACAGUGCAAGUAACGCCAGGGUCCAUCCUUCUUCUUUUACAUCUGGUACACACAACAGAUGUUCAGUGUUCUUAACCACUUGUUGUCAUUUGUUUUAUGGAGUAGUUUUGAAAACUUUUAUAUUGAGUACACCUCUGUUCAUUCCAUUGCUGCUUAUGUGAAGCGUUAGCAGAAUAUAGAUUUACAAGUCAGUUUAAGCUUUCAUUAUAUAUUUAUAUCAAACAUGCAAGAUUGGUAUGUAGUUGGCAACAAUCUACCUUAUUUAAAGCUUCUACUUGGAUAAACUUCAGCUCCCUAUCCAGGAAAGGGUACUGCAUUGCACUGUUGUCGCAGAAGCAUAGAUUUAACUGCAUCAUUAUUUUGAAAAACAAAUAUUGAAAUUGAUGUGGUUUAAAAGCCACUGAGGCACUGACCUUUUUCUAGUUAUUGUAUUGUUCAAAUUAAAUAUUAAAACAAACAAGAGGUUCCUUGACAAGUUAGUCCUUAUCUUUGGUGUGCCAUGAGAACUCCAAAGCCGUGUUGUCAUCACAUAAAUGAAGCAAAUCACAUUUUGAAAGGGAAAACGCACAAUUUUAUGUUGAGGUGACACCAGCGGUUUUCUUCAUUUCUUAAUAAUGUGGAUGGAUGUUUUCUCAGAGUAAUUCAGUGUCAUUUUCACUCGAAACUUCUGAUCUACUUGUCCUGAAGACCUGCUGCUGCAAAAGUAAAAGUAACUUAAAGAAAAAGCAGCAUUUACGAUGAAAAUAUAUCUUCAUGGAAAUGUUGUUGACCUACUCAGACAUGCAUCUGUGAUGUUGAUAGCCUUCUGCAGUUUUAAUAGUUGUUUUAGUUUUCUUGAUUCUGUUAAUAUAUUAACACAGAGUAGGGAAAAAUGGCACAGUGCAUUGCAUUAUAUACAUUUAUCACUGAAGUACUUAAUGUUAAGAUAUAAACACUAUUAAAUAAGCCGUAAUACUUGAAAAGAAGCACUUAUACCGUAAGUCUUAGGAAAUAAUGCUUGUAAUAAACUAUAUUACAUAUCAACAGGCAAAAUACAGAAUGUUACAUAGUGUAAUAUGAUAUGAUGUGAUUAAAUUAUAAUUCCUGCUGUUACAUUACCUGUUGAGAACUUGGCUCCAGUUUUGGUGCUUCUUAUAUAAAUUAUAUGGGACAAAGAACUGUGAAAUU